GAGAUUUGUAUGCCACGUUGAUGGAGCCGAAGACCAGUGGGGACGUGGAAUUUCAGUCAAUCAGCAGCCCGGAGCUUUCGCCUUCUAGCUAUUAGCUAAUACAUCGUGCAUCAAAAGAAAGGGAACUUGCACGGGUAAUCGAAGCUUGUCUGUCUGUGUAUGUAUGUGUUCAUGUUAUAAGUGCGCCCAGAACUGCCAAGGAUGAAGCUCAAGGAGGUCAACCGCACAGCCAUCCAGAGCUGGAGCCCAGCCCAGCACCACCCUGUGUACCUGGCGGCAGGUACGUCAGCCCAGCAGCUCGAUGCGUCUUUCAGCACCACUGCCUCUCUGGAGAUCUUUGAGCUGGACCUGGCUGAGCCUUCUCUGGACAUGAAGCUCCGCGGAGCAUACUCCUCGUCCCAUAGGUACCACAAGCUGGCGUGGGGUCCCCAUGGCAUGGACGCGCAGGGUCUUCCAUCUGGAGUGCUCAUCGCGGGGGGAGAGAAUGGUGACGUCAUCCUGUACGACCCAGCCAAGAUCAUUGCCGGAGACAGCGACGUUGUGAUCGCUCAGAACGUCAAACACAGUGGGCCGGUCAGGGCCCUGGACGUCAACUCCUUCCAGACAAACCUGGUGGCUUCAGGAGGUAACGAAUCAGAGAUUUAUAUCUGGGACCUGAACAACUUUGGCUCCCCGAUGACACCUGGUCCGAAAACUCAGCCUCUGGAGGAUAUCAGCUGUGUGGCUUGGAAUAGACAGGUCCAGCACAUCUUGGCCUCUGCCAGUCCCAGUGGCCGCGCCUCCAUCUGGGACCUCCGCAAGAACGACCUCAUCAUCAAAGUCAGCGACCACAGCAACAGGAUGCACUGCUCUGGGCUUGAGUGGAACCCGGAGGUAGCUACUCAGCUGGUUCUAGCCUCGGAGGAUGACAGGAUGCCAGUUAUCCAGAUGUGGGACUUGCGCUUCUCCACCUCCCCUCUCAAAGUCCUGGAGAACCACACAAGGGGUGUCCUGGCUAUUGCCUGGAGUGUAGCUGACCCUGAGCUGCUGCUGAGUUGUGGAAAAGACAACCGAAUCCUCUGUUGGAACCCCAACACUGCCGAAGUGCUGUAUGAGCUUCCCACCAGUACUCAGUGGUGCUUUGAUAUCCAGUGGUGCCCCAGAAACCCGGCCGUGCUGUCUGCCGCCGCCUUCGACGGCCACAUCAGCGUCUACUCCAUCAUGGGGGGCAGCAGCCAGGCUGUCAGUCAGACACAGGCGGACACGAUAGGCCAGUCGUUUGGCAACAUGGAUCCGUUUGGGAUGGGUCAGACUCUGCCCCCUCUGCAGCUUCCCCAGGCCCCGGCCGGCCAUGCUGCUCUCAGCCCGCUCAAGAAGCCCCCCAAGUGGCUCCGCAGACCCGUGGGAGCCUCCUUUGCUUUUGGUGGUAAGCUGGUGUCAUUGGAGAACACCAAGCUCAGCCCAGAGCAGCCUCAGCAGCCCGUAGCUCGUGUGGUCCACAUCAGUCAGGUUGUCACCGAGACCGCCUUCCUGGAGCGCUCGGCCCAGCUGCAGGCCACACUGGCGGCUGGCGGCUUCGCUGACUUCUGCCAGAAAAAGAUUGGCGCGGCCCAGAAUGAGUUUGAGAAGACAGUCUGGGCUUUUCUGAAGGUGAACUUUGAGAACGACGCCCGUGGAAAGUACCUGGAGCUUUUGGGAUACAAGAAAGAGGAGCUAGCAGCAAAGAUUGCAGUGGCUUUAGAGGAAAAACCUAUUCAACCCAAAGAGCCAGCGCCUGAUCCUUCCCCGACCUCUGCUUCUGACGCUGACCCAGAACCAAAGGUAUGGCCUGACCCCAUCCCUGCUGUCCCGCUCAGCACUGAGCCAGACCACCCUUCUCUCAAACCCCUGCUUCCGCCUGCCCUCCAGCCUGAACCUGAUCCCCAUCCAGAGCCGGAGCUUGCCCUCCUGCCCAGUGGUGGCUUUUCACCUACUUCUGAUCCAAUGACUGUCCUCCAAUCUGUCCCAAUGCUUGAACCAAGCGCUGACCACCUGCCUCUUGUCUUGCACGUUGGCCAGAAUCUUGAGCCAGAAAAUGACCUCACUCUGGCCGCCCCAGCUGACCUCCCGGGCAUACCUGAUGCUUUCAACCCGGUGGACAUGCAGCUCGUUUCGAUGUUGAACCAAGUUGACUUACAGCCUGUCUCUCUGUUGGGCCUGUAUGGUGAAGUGUCUGAUGAACAGCCUCCUCUAGAGGCUGAACUCCCCCUCACCCACAUGGCUGCUCCUCCUGUCUCCACCCUGCAGCCUCUAGCAGAUCUCCCGCCCCAAGUUGCGUUGGACGACACCAGUGCCACUCUUCUCCAGCCCACAGCACAACCGGAACUCGUUCCGGAGUCAGAACCGGAAGAUCCGUUUGACCUCAUCGCUGCUGGAAACCUCCGACCGGCAGCGGCGCUGGAAAUGACUGGAGCUCUGGAUCCAGCGGAAGCAGAGGUAGACCUGACAGAGCCUGGUAACCUCGAGGCUGAAGCUGGGCCCGUUGUGGAGGAACAGACGGUGGAUGAAGCGAUUCCUCUGGAGGAGGAGCCAGCCGUACCGGUGGACGCGGAGGUAGUGGCUAGCCUUCCAGAGGGGCCCUUGGAUCCAGCCCCAGCCCCUGAGGGCAUUGACCUCACUGUCAGUCAGGACGUGGACGGCCUGAUCACACAAGCCCUGCUGACCGGGAACUUUGAGGGCGCGGUGGAACUCUGUCUCCAUGACAACCGCAUGGCAGACAGCAUCAUCCUGGCCAUCGCUGGGGGGGCGGAGCUUCUGAAGAAAACACAGCAGAAGUACUUCACCAUGACCCACAGCAAGAUCACCAAGCUGAUCAGUGCCGUGGUAACGGAGGACUGGCGUGACGUGCUACAGACUUGUGAGCUGCAGAACUGGAAGGAGGCUCUGGCUGCGGUCAUGACCUACGCCCAUUCUGAGGAGUUCUCCUCCCUGUGUGACCUGCUCGGCUGCAGACUGGAGGCUGCGGAGGACGAGCGGCUGCAGACUCGGGCCUCCCUGUGUUAUAUCUGCUCCGGCAAUGUGGAGAAGCUGGUUUCCUGCUGGACAGGCGCGCAGGAUGGACACUGCCCUCUGUCUCUGCAGGACCUGAUGGAGAAGGUAGUGGUUCUCCGCAGGGCCGUGGACCAGAGCCGUGCCUCCGGGCCCUCAGCCGUGGGGCAUCUUCUGGGCGAGAAGAUGAGUCAGUACGCCAGCCUGCUAGCCUCCCAGGGCAACCUCACCACCGCCAUAGCAUACCUGCCCCACGACACAGAGCAGGUCGCGGUGCAGCAGUUGCGCGACCGUCUCAGCAGAGCUCUGGGCCAACCGUCGCCCGUCUCGGCAACGGCCCCAACACCUGUGGCCCAGGUCCAGCCACAACCCCUGGCUCCCCACCCCACAGGGGGCCAACCCAGGCCUCUCUUCACCCCCACGCCCCAGCCCGGAACGGGCCAACAGAGGCCCCUCUUCGCCCCGGCCCAACCUCCCAUGGUACCCCAGCAGCCCGCACCAACGCCAGCCCCGGUGCCAACCUCAGUCCCGUCACAGCCACAGUACUACCAGCCGGUGAGGUCUGCCUCUACAGUGACCUCCUGGAGUAACCAAACUCCCACUGCUCUUCCCAGUGCCCCUCCUCUAGGCCCCGCCGUCACUGAGCCCCAGGCUGAACAGACACCUGCCAUGUACGGAGCGCCGCCCCCUGGGUCUGCAGCUCCCCCGGCCUCUUCGUCCGCUGCCUUCCCCCCUAUGUUCUCCCAUCAGUACCAGCCCUACCCUCCAGCCAGUCAGUACCAGGCUGACGCUGGAGGGCCAUCUAUCUAUUCACCUCUUCAAUACUCUGCGCCUCCUCCUCCCUCUUUCUGCUCCUCACCUGAAGCCCCGGCUCCAGGCUUCAUGCCCCAGUACACUCAACAACCCCUCUACCCACCCCCUUUCACGGGCCAGCCUGCGUCCUCCGCCCCUUUGUCUCAGACUCCUUUCUCUCCUGCUUCUGCCACCUCCUUCUCUCCUCUGUCCUCUGGAGCGUCUUUCCAACAUGGCGGACCGGGGUCACCUGCCUCGUACAUGCCGCCUCCCCCACCAGCUGGAUCCUCAGGUACACGGCCUGAAACCGCCUCCCACCAAGUCCCGGCCUCUCAGAGAACAGAGGGAUAUUAUCCAGCAGACACUACCUGUGUCUUGGAAGGGGAAGGCCCUCAGAACGGCUGGAACGACCCUCCCAACCUGACCAGAGAUUCAAAGAAGAAGAAGGUCCCAGAGAACUACACUCCGCCUGCCCCCAUCACAGCCCCCAUCUUUUCCCCUCUGGGUGCCGGGGACCCUCAGGCCCAGCAGCCCCACUCCAUGCCCCCCCAGGCCAUGGCCCCAGACCAAACCCAGAUCCAGACACCUUACCAGGGCAUGCAGCAGCAGAUGGCCCCCCCAAUCUUCAACCCUGGCCUGCCGAAGACGCGCGGAGGGAGUGUGGAGGGAGCACCCGGAGCCCCUAUCGGAGAGGUCAUACAGUCGAUGCAGUCUAUCCCUGCUGAGAAGAUCACUAAAAAGCCCAUCCCGGCGGAGCACCUCGUCCUGAAGAACACCUUCGAGGGCCUCAUCCAGAAAUGCUUGGCUGCUGCCACAGACCCUCAAACCAAGAGGAAGCUUGACGACGCCCACAAACGCCUUGAGGCCCUCUACGACAAGCUGAGAGAGCAGACCCUCUCUCCUGCCAUUGUUGGAGGGCUGCACAACAUUGUGCAGUGUAUUGAUUCCCGAUCCUACAUGGAGAGCCUGAACAUCCACACACACAUUGUAAGCAGCAGCAACUUCAGCGAGACGUCUGCCUUCAUGCCUGUGCUGAAGGUGGUGUUGACACAAGCCAACAAGCUAGGUGUCUGAAAGCCUUGCCCACCCUCAGAGUCUGGGGCAAAAAUGAGAAGGGGCCGAUCAGAGAAUGUCGUAAGAGACCAGGAAGUAGACAUAGUUGGAGCUAAUUUGGCUCCCAUAGUUGUUCGACUUCCUGCAGAAUCUCACGGUUGUAUGACGUCACCGCCCGAUCCUUCUUGUUUUUAAUCCAAACUCAGAGAACCCUCCCACUUCCUUAUACAACUCAAACACAAGCCAUGCCACCAGUAUCUCUACAGCACAUUUAAAUCAUGCAGAACGGACCAACAUGUAUUAAUAUUGCCAGUCUUGUUUUAACUUGAAUCAUGUGUUUUAAAAGGAAACAGUUUUAGGAUAUCUUAUGUUGUUUUUAGAUAUUUCUUCAUUCUUUUGUUGUUUUAUAAUUUCUUUUUUUUUUCAUUCUGUUUUAAUUUCAGUGUUAUGAUUUUCAGACAGAGCAGUGUGCAAUGGGGGGUUGCACCCCUUUUAACCAGAGACUGUAACUUAAGACCCAGGAGAAAUGCAUGCUCAGACAUUAUGCCUGGAAUCAUAAUCAGACUGUUUUAAUUGGGUUUUAUUAAUGUCAGGAUAAUAAGGACAUAUUUAUUUGUCAUCAUGCCAUUGUGACCAUGCAAUAGCGUUUAAAUGUUCUUCUCAGUUCUUGUCAUCAGUAUGAUUUAGGCUGUUGCUGAUUAAACCAGUCUGUUGGUCACUUUAUGUUGGUAAGAAAAAUACUUUUUCAAUCGACAACAUGCAAUAUUUUCAAUAAAUAGUAUUUAUUUACAACAUGCUGCUUCAUAGUUUUUUAAUAUCUUAAAUAUCAUAGGCUUUGAGAUGUUCAUUUUAUAUGCAACUUUAGACUUUUCCAUUACAAGUACUAUCAAAUUAUUUGCUAGUGGGCCUCUAACUAAUCAUGUUCUCAGGAUACUCUGAACGCAGUGUGGUUUGUGAACUGAAAAGAUUAUGCCAUAUAUGUUACUUGACUGUAUAGAGCCUUCCUCAGCCUUUUUAGUAUCUCGAACUGGUAAUGUUUUUUUUAUGUAAUAAAAAAAUAAAGAUGAUCACUAUAAGCAUUUAUAA